AUGGAAAAUAGUUCAUCACCUAAUGUAACAACUUAUAUUAUAACAUUUGAUGGGUAUGUAGACUUGCACAAAUUCAGAUAUCUUUAUUUUGUAUUGACAUUGACAGUGUAUAUUUUAAUAAUCUUUAGUAAUGUCACCAUUGUGUAUCUUAUCUCAACACGACAGAGUCUCCAUGAGCCAAUGUAUGUUUUCAUUGCAGCUUUGCUUCUGAACUCUGUUUUGUCCAGCACUAAUAUCUUCCCAAAAAUGCUUAUAGACUUUUUGUCUGAUAAACCGGUCAUAUCGUAUUCAGCUUGUCUCUUCCAGUUUUUUUUUAUUUAUUCAUUGGCUGGUUCAGAAUUCUUUAUUUUGGCUGCCAUGGCCUACGACAGGUACGUGUCUAUAUGCAAACCCCUGCAAUAUCCAAAUAUCAUGACAAACACUACUAUUAUUAUUUGCCUGUGUUUAGCUUGGUUUGUACCUGUUUUACAAACUACGAUCUCAUUAAUUCUGUUACAUAAGACUCAAGUUAAACUCUGUAACUUUGAUGUAAAAGGAAUAUUUUGUAACAAUGCAAUUUACACACUUCACUGUGCAAGACCAGGAUCACUUACUGUAUUUGGUAUAUGGACUGUGGUAGAUACUAUUAUACUUCCAAUGCUCUUCAUUGUUUUUACAUACACAAAAAUACUGAUCAUAGCCUAUCAAAGUUGCAAGGAGGUGAGGAAGAAAGCAGCUGAGACCUGUUUACCCCACCUGCUGGUUUUAUUCAGUCUGACUUGUUUGAGUGUGUAUGAUAUAAUCAUUGUUAGAAUAGAAUCAGAUUUUCCAAAAACAGCAAGGUUGAUCAUGACAUUGCAGAUAUUUUUGUAUCAUCCUUUGUUCAAUCCAAUAAUAUAUGGGCUGAAAAUGAAAGAAAUCUAUAAACAUCUAAAGUUGUUGUUCUAUCAAGCAAAAAUCAUCUGA